AAAAUUUUAUACCGAAAAGAUUAAAUUGAUACAAUUCUUUUAUGCGUUAAAAUUAGAUUUUUUUGAAAAUAGAAUAUUAUAUUCAUGCUCCAAUAACAUAUAGAUCUCACUUGUGCAAAUAAGCCAAAUGUAUUUGGAAAAUCUUAGCGCGAUAAUAUCGGCAAAUCGGGCAAAUUAUUAUUAUAGAGUAUUGUCUUUCUUGACAAGUUCAUUGAAGAAUUCCAUUUCCUGUUGUAUUUAUUUAUUCUCGUCAAUAAUGCAUGUUAAUUCUGAAACUUCUUUUUUAACUCAUAUCAUAUCAUUCUUAGAUUCGAUAACAUACAAAUGCGCUGAUAAAGGUAUUCAUUAAUAAUAUCACGAUUUUUUGGAAAAUAUCGUGAUUGUUGAAAUAUAUUUCAGAUGAUUUUUUUACAUCUUUAUUAUUUUGUUUUAUUUUUAAUAAUAUUCUGCAAGUCUUGUGCGAAAAGAAAAUCAUCCUUUGCGCGCGGACCUAAUCCUAUUUUUUUCUAACUUAUCUACAUUAUCAUUACACAAUGUUAGAUUAUUUUGUCUAAGCUAUCGUCAUUAAUAUGCUAUUAUAUCUGCAACAAUGCGUUGUUUAAUUCUCCAUUUUCAUAUCAUGUUACGAUCAAUUGAACUAAAGCAGGGCUUUGUCCAGGCUGUAAUUUUAGUAGUAAGUUGAUCAAAAAGUUGCUACGAGUUAUUGUCAUUGCUAAUGUCAAAAUAAUAAUGCGGCUGUGGUCUACAAAAACAUCUAUCUCGACUCUCAAUUCGGAAUAAAUAAUUUGUAGACCACAGCCACAUUAUUACGCACAGGAACUGAUCGCGAUGGAUUUUAAAAAGAACUUCGCAUACGGAACUAGUCGCACCAGUUACUUCGAAUUGAAAAGCAAUUCCUAAGAAUAUUCGAUUCAACGGCAUCGCAAGAUAAUAUAUGAAAAAAAACGGCUUCUCCACUACCAGUAUCGUCUUUUUCAAUUCAAUCGCAAAUUCCAAACAAUUUUUGUUAAAUAAUUUAUCACGCACUUUCGCAAUCUUAUCUCCUUGUUAUCUUGCUCCGAUUUGUUUGCAUCGAUCGUAUUCUUUAGAGUCUUAUAUAAUAUAUCCUAUAUAAUCUAAUAUUCUUGUUUUCGUUAUCUGUCUAAAUUUAUUCUCCGAUUUUAUAAAAAUUUUCAGCAUUAAGGCGAAUAAUUGCUCAUCAUUUGCUGCAGUAGAAAAAAUCUCUCAUAUUUCAGGGGUUUUUUUUUAAUAUCAUACAAAUCUUCCAUAAGUAUCUCACAGUUUUUUCGUUGAUUUUUCGGUUUAAUAAUAAUUGUCUUAUAAUAUUUUCGAAAAGCAUGAUUUAUAUAUUUUUUUUCAUUUUCAAAAAAUUUUAUUGUUGCUUUAAUAUUUAGCUGUAAAGUAUUCCAAAGUUCAAAUCUUUGAUCUUUACAUAUGAUCGCGUGCACUUAGUACUUGCGAUUUGAGCUUGGAUUUGGAAGGAGUGUCACGCGGAGUGUGGUUUACAAUCGCAGGGUGUUACGAAAAUAAAUACGAAAUACUUGGACAAACAUCUAGGGCGUAUUCCUCACGUCAAAAUAAAGAAAAUAAUUUAUAUAAACUCAUUGUCAAAUAUGAAUGGUUGCGAAAUUAUAUAAAAUAAAAUGUUUAUGUUAAAACGUUAUUAAUUAAAUAAUCAUAAGUAACGAUACAUGAUUAUAAAAAAUGGAAGAUUUAAUAAAAAUGGAAGGAAAUGAUUCAUAUUCGACAGAAGAUGACGAUUCUUUAUACAUCGCUUCAAAAUGUUGGGAACGCAUUAUGGAUGGUGCUGUCAAGACUGGUUAUAGAGAAGGAAUACAAGACGGAACGGAUUCUGUACUACAAGAAGGAUUUGACAUAGGUUAUAAAGAUGGUUUUGAGACAGCUUUUAAAUUGGGAAAAUGCAAAAGUCUGGCUACUAUUUUAUCACCUACUUUAAAACAUCCUGCGGAUGUAGCCACUGUUCUCGAUAAAACUAGACGAGGUGCAUGUUGGAUAUGCAGUGUGGAAUCACAAAACGAAACUUGCAAUACAUAUGAGAAUAUUCAAUUUUCUGAAAUCCUAAAUAAUCAGAGGAUACAUUCUAAAACAGUAAUAAAUAGGCUACACGAAUAUUUUGAACCAAUCUUAAAUAAAUCAGGCAUUGGAACUAAUUUAACUAUUUAAU